UUGAGUUGCCUCCUUUUCCCCACACCAUUAGAAAAUGCCGCAUCCCUUUUGUCCCGCAGCAAUAAUGAUGAUGAGGACCUGACACCCGAGCAGAAGGCAGAGCGUGAGAAGGAGCGGAGGAUGGCCAACAACGCCCGUGAACGCCUGCGGGUCCGCGACAUCAAUGAGGCUUUCAAAGAGCUCGGCCGCAUGGUGCAGCUCCACCUCAAGAGUGACAAGCCCCAGACCAAGCUCCUGAUCCUCCACCAGGCAGUGGCUGUCAUCCUCAGCCUGGAGCAGCAAGUCCGAGGUCAGUGCAGGCUGGUGGCCUUGCAGAGCUCGUGGGUAGCUUGCAUCACAAGAACCGAGACAGACAGGCCAGCCUUGAUG